AUGUCAGAUGCAAUCAGGAGGGCCGCGCGGCGCGGGGGGCGGGGGGCGGGGCGGGGCCGGCACUCCGCGCGCCGCGCCGCCGCGCACAGACGUGUCCCGCGCCCGAGCCUCUCGCGACACACCGCGCCCUCGACCGUGCCUCUCCCGCCUGCCUCGAGCCAUGCGCUGCGCCCGGACAUGAGCGGGCCGAGUGCGGCCCGCCCCCGGCGCGCCGGCGGCCGGGCCAGCAGCGCGCCCGCCGCCCGCCCGCCCCCACGCGCCGCCCGCCCCCGCGCGCGCUCCGUGCUGCCGCGCCCGCGCGCGCCGCGCCUGCGCCCGCUGUUCCUGUGGGCGCGCGCCGAGCACGGCCAGGUGCGCGAGGUGCACGUGGAGGAGUGGGACCGCCGCAACCGCCUGCGCCUGGCGCGCGGGCCGGCCGGCUGGCGCGUGCUGCCGCGCACCGCCACCUACGACGCCCUCGCGCCGCCGCGCCGCGCGCCCGACCUGGAGGCGCACAUCCCCUCGCACACCAUCACCGUGCCGCGCCGCGCGUCCCCCGCGCCGCCCCCCGCGUCCCCCGCGGCCCCCACGCCGCCCCCCGCGCCGCCCGAGCCCACACCGCUGGACAACCUGCUGGCGGUGGCGGAGCUGGAGUUCCACCAGCAGCAGCGGCGGCGUGGCAAGGAGCUGUCGCUGCUGGACGCCGCCAUGUUCGCCGGCAAGGACGACGCGCCCGACGACCUGUUCGAGACCAUCUCGCAGGCGCACUACCUGGGCGAGCUGGGCGGCGGCGACGAGGCGCUGCUGGAGUCGCUGGUGGAGCAGGGCUGCGAGGACAACCUGGUGCUGGGCCUGCUGGCGGACGCGGGGGCGGCGGCGGGGGGCGCGGGGGGCGCGGGGGAGCCCUCGCUGUCCGCGGCCGAGGGGCUGCUGCACCUGGGCGACCUGCCGCCGCCGCGCGACGCCUACCCGGCGCAGGGCGAGCCCGCCUACCCGCCCGAGGACGCCACGUACCCGCCGCCCGAGCCCACCUACACGCAGGAGGAGCCCUACGCGCCGCCCGAGCCGGAGUACCCCCCCCAGGACACAGCCUACGAGGCUCCGGAGCCGCCCUACGCGCCGCCGGACGUCCAGGAACCAGCAGUGUACUCCUCACCAGAACCCGGUUUUCCAGCGACAAAAACUGUGUCUUAUCAGUCGUCGGAAACUGUGUAUCCACCGUCGGAAACAGUAUAUCCACAGACAGAAACUGUGUAUCCCGAGACAGAAACUGUGUAUCCCGAGACAGAAACUGUGUAUCCACAAACAGAAACUGUGUAUCCACAGACAGACACUGUGUAUCCACCAUCAGAAACUGUGUAUCCACCAUCAAAACCUGUGUAUCCACCAUCAGAAACUGUGUAUUCGUCGUCAGAUAAUCAGUAUCCUCCAUCAGAAACUGUGUAUUCGUCAUCUGAUACAGUGUAUCCUCCAUCUGAGACAGUGUUCCCUCCAUCUGAAUCUGAGCCCGUGUAUCCGCCGUCGGAAACAGUGUUUUCGAGCGGGAAAAGUGAUUACUCAGCCCAGUCACCUGAGCCGGUGUACACGUCACCAGCACGAGUGGCGCCGGCGCCGCCGCCCUCCCCGCCCGCCCCGCCGCCGCCCGCGCCGCCCGCCGCCACCGAGCUCAGCGACAUCGACUUCGACAAAGAACUGGAGGCGAGCCAGGACAGCGGGCCCACCGACCUGAGCGUGCACGCGGCGCGCGAGCCGCCCCCGCGCGAAGACCUGCCCCGCGACCUGCGCGUGCGCCGCCCCGCGCCCCCCGCCCCCGCCGCCCCCGCCGCCGCCUCGCCGCCGCGCCGCGCGCCCUCGCGCGAGUCCGACGCCAUGCAGUCCCCGCAGCCGUCCGGCAUCCCCGCCGUGCCCUGCUCGCCCGAGCUGCCCCCCCCGCGCUCCAAGCACGCGCUGUUCCUCGAGACGCUGCUCGCCUCGCCCUCGCCCAAGAUGUACACCUCCGAGGUGACCGUGAGCAAGCAGCAGAGCGAGCCGCUCAACCUCGGCAAGCACCGCAAGUCCGCCUCGCCCACCGUCAGCAGCUGCAGCGAGGAGCGCGCGGGGGACGCGCGGGGGGCGGCGGCGGGGGCCGAGCCGCGCGCCAAGCGCCCCCGCCGCGCCUCGCACGAGCCCCCCCCGCGCGCCGAGGACUCCCCGCGCGAGCAGCUGCGCCAGCUCAAGCUCAGCCCCAACUUCAACCUGCCGGACCCGCUGCUGGUGCCCAAGGACAAGCUGGGCGACAUCCUGCGCGCGCCGGCGCGGGAGAUCGCGGCGCUGCUGCUGCGGCGGCCGGAGCUGCGCCUGCCCGAGGCCUUCGCCUUCCCCGCCGUGCUGCGCGACCCCGACAUCCUCGUGGUGUCGCUGGCGCAGCUCGAGGGCAUCAUCGAGAACGAGGGCAAGCCGCCGGAGCGCCGCGAGCCGCCGCGCGCCGACGCCGCGCUGGGCUCCAUGCUGUGGCUGCCCUACUUCAGCCACCUGGAGAGCGCCGCGUGCGCGCAGAACAUGGACUUCCUGAAGGCGCUGAGCGCCGGCUACGGCUACCCGCCCGACCUGCAGCAGGUGAUGGGCAUGUCGCGCUUCCUGCCGGGCGCCUUCCCCGCGCCGCCCGCCGACUACGAGCGCCUGCAGCUGGCCAUGUGGCAGGAGGCCGCGGCCGCCGCGCGCCGUGCCCCGGACAAGGAGGCCGCCAAGUGCGCCGACGUGCAGAACCCGUACGUGCACUCCACCAAGAGCCACAAGCCGGGGGCCCGCGCCAGCCCCGGGGCGCACUACGCCGGCCGCGCGCCCUACUACCCGGGCGGGUACGGGAGCGCGGCGGGCGCGCGGGGGGCGCUGCCGGGGCUGCAGAUCCCGUACUUCCCGCCCGGCGCGCUGGGCAGCCAGCGCUCGCCGCGCACGCCACAGCAGAAGAGCCCCACGUCGCCCUACUACCCCAACAACAACUACCUGCAGUCGCUGAAGCAGGCGGAGCGCGGGGGCGGGGGCGCGCAGGAGGCGCCGCGGCCAAGGAUCAGCGUGAAGAGCCUGCAGAACCUGCUGGAGCCGGGCGCGGCGCCGGCGAGGAGACACUCGCACGGCGGGAGCGGGGGCGGGGGCGGGGGCCGGCGGCGCGACGAGCCCCCGGAGGUGGGCAGCACCACGCCGCUGGGCGAGCCCCCGCCGCCCCCGCACCUGCCGCACGAUCCCUCCCCGCACCUCUGGCAUCCGCUGUUUGGCAAACUGCGAGAUGCAUUUGCGGGGACACAGCCAAAAAGGCUACAUCGGCCCCUGGAGUUGGACGACGGUGACGGCGACGGGCGACUGACUGCGGCCUCCGCGCGGGCCGCCGCCCGCGCUGCCGCCCUGAGCGGGCCGCGGGGGGUCUGCGGAGUGAGAGCAGCCGGGAGGGAACCCGGGAACGGGAACCAGCCUUCGUGAGGAGAGGAGUGUAGAUGGAGAGGCGGUUAUAGCGGUGUGUUAUCUGACCCGGUGACAGCGUUGUGCAAUCUUGUCUAGGAGAGGUUUGAUAGUUUGAAGACUGGACGCGACCUACGGCGUAAAUAGGAGACCGGGCCUUACGUGUCGCUAACUGAUAUAACGUCACAAAUGCUGUUUGACGGAAAAUUUUAUCGUAAUAUCGAGAAGUUUGCAUACGUCACCGGGGCAGAUCUGAUACGCUUAGCACUAAAACUUACCUCUUCUUCAAGUUGCGUACGAACUAGAGACGUGAAAGCGAAGGUUCGUUUGGAAAGUUCCCUGAAUUCCCUAGUAGUGCGCGCAUGAACAUAUCCGUCCGACGAGAGACAGACCCCCGCGGCUCGCCCAACGCCCACCCUGUACAGGAAUUGUACUCUGACUCUAUUCAAAUGUAUAUUCUCACGUCUUGCCAAUUUAAAUGCUGUCUAUGGUCACGCGCGGAAACUUUAUCACGAUCUUGGGAAAUCAGCGGUACAUCACUAGAGAGAGUACGAGCGAAAGUGAUUAAUUAACGCAUCACUAAUUAAAUUACUUUCCUGACACAUCUAAAUUAAUUACUCACCAGGAGAUAAAUGGAUGAAGUUGGAAGGACUCGUUUUGAUCUCAUCAGUAAAUGCGAUGUAGGUCAGAGAAGCGACUCUACAUAUAUUCAUGUUGGUGUUUUAGCAACGCAAACUAAAUACGUACAAAAUCAUUAUUUGGGAUCUAUUUCUUUAUUUCCAGCUAUCCAAUAUUUUUUAUUAAGUAUAGUUGUUGUACGGAUUCACAUCUAGGUAUGCAUAUAGAUGGUAUAACAGUAAACGCGCGACCAUAGUAUCAGCAUUUGACUUGCCAAGCAGUAUGGAAUUGCCAAUGUAGCUUACGAACUUUAAAAGAGCAUCUACGGUAAAAUAUCUCUAUAAUAUUUGUAUUUAUGUCCUGCUCUGUAACUUUAAUGUGUCACGUAGCCAUUAAGUAUAUGUUGUCUCUACCUAUUUAAUGAAGACUGUCUAAUGUGAACGCCACUUGCAGUAGGAAAGAUGAACCUCUGACAUGUGAAAGUAUGAUAUUGCAUUUACGAUGUUUGAACAGUGGUUUCAGGUAAACCCCUGCUUUUUCAAUGUUUAAUAUUAUGAAACUGUAAUUCGCAAUACAUUGUGCCUAUUUAAUGAACUAUUUGUGAGACGGAUACACGGCUGAUAAGUCUAAAAAUGUGUCGGAGAAAUUAGCAAGAUUGAAAACAGGGAGAUGUUGAUACUAGAGGCAAUAAUGGAUGUAUUUAUAGUUUAUAGAUGUGAAGAAGGAAAUUUCAAUUUUGCUAAUUAAUCCGCUGGAAUGGGGGAGAGGGAGAUGGAAAAUUUGAUGAUGGCGCCACUGGCGAUUGCCCUUUCGUGAUUGGUGGGAGCAUUUGGCAAUUUGAUGAACUAAUCAUCUGAUUGGCUAAGCUCAUGGGAUGCUGCCACGGCAGUAAUCGUCGACACCAUCCCUUCAACCGAAGGUUGUCGUUUAAAGACUGUAUUCAGAGUGAAAUUAUAAAAGCCGUGGUCCGUGUCUGGGUUUAAUAUAUCGCUAAUCGUUUAUCUAUCGGUUGUGAUAGGUCGUCACGGUUGGACAGACUUACAUAUAGGCAAUGCUCUUAAUUUUUACAUAAGUACUCGCUAAACCUACAAUAGUUCUAACUCGUUAUGAAUGUGACAUUAGCAUGUGAGAUAUAGUAAGUGAUUGAUAGAUUCAUCGACUCUAAUAAUUAAUUAUGUAUGUUGAACGUAGAUGCUCUUCUACACAACCAUAUCCUAAUUAAGUGUCAAAGUAUUGAAGUACAGUGAGGGAUGGAGUGCAUAAUGAAAAAUUAUAAAAAAUACUAUUUUAGUUUGUGAUAUUUAUAACAUUUUUAGCGCGACGGUGGACGCGCCUUAGUUCCAAAUGAGUGCAAUGAAAAUUGAACUGUAUUAUUAUAGAUUUAUGUAGUUAGAAAAGUUAAGAGGUACGAUGCAUUUAAUUUGUCUCCUAGGGACCUCUCUAUGUUAAGCAAAUUUUUCUUGAAAUACCUAUAUUUUGCUUGAUAGCAAAUGAGAAUGUAUACUUUAACCAUAAUAGCUAUAAAACAGCCAAAUAAUUAAGUUUGGAAUAAUCAAAUAAUCUGUUUCAGAAUAGUUCAGAACAGCAAGUCGUUAAUAUUAUAGCUAACCUAUAAAAUAUUGAUUUAACUGGCGAGCAGUUUAAUGACAAUUUGAUCUCUGUCUAUUAUACUAUUUAAGUGUAAUAAACCUAAGAAUUUGCCAUUGAUAUAAUUACACAAUCAUGUAACAGUAUUGAAUUGAAAAAAAAGUUUUAAGUAACUUUGGGAAUAUUUUGAAUUCCCGGGACUUUUUCGAUACAACACUAGUACUUAGAGUAAGAUAAAUUCAGUUACUGGCAGCAGUGCAACACUUCUGACACAAACUUAUAAAUCUAUGAGUGGAUCUUUAUGUAAACUUGCCGAAAAUGCACCUAGUCAACGGAAUGUAAGUUUUGAUACUUUACGGAAAUGAUUUUUUUUAUAGAUGUUCUAAAAUACAGCGCCUCUAUCGGUCACUGCGGUGAAACAAAUGGCAGACGAUGCAUUUCAGUUAAUAAAAUGGCAAGAGGUACAUCUUCUUUUCCGUAAAUUAUCAAAUGAGUAAAUUGCACUCAGCACAAAGGGUCAGAAAAGUUUGAUGUACUUAUUUUCACCGAAGUUUGUAUAAAUCCCGGGAUUUUUUCUGAAACAGUUAUGGAAUAUGCAAUGUUGUCUUAUACAUAGAUUAUUCCGAGACAUACCAGUAUACAGGUAAUAAGAUAGCUAUCACAAUUUAUUAUUAAUAUGAAAUAUCAAAUUUAAUUGUAAUGAGAACUUAGGCGGAGUAAAAUGUAAUCAGACAGAACGCCAUGGCAGGGUUAUUAUGUACCUAACCAACAAUGAAAGCCAUCUGUUUCCAACAGACCGAGCUCCAAUAAUGACUAGGCAUUACUUUGGAUUUCAUAAAACAAAUUAAAAUUGUAAAGUGUUAUUAUUAUGUGCAUCUAUUAUCAAUUAAGAAUAUGCAUGUAAACGCAACGGCAGGCGCAAUUGAACUUUACAAUCGUAUGUUCACGAUCGUUGACGGAUAAAAUCAAAAUCGAUGGACAGAGGUUCUAUCACAGGUUAUUUGGUAGUUUGUCGAAAACUGUAGAAGUUUACGUUUUCUCGCAUACAAAGUGGCGCCUUUAGCGGAAACUAUAAUGAAACUUUUGACAGAUAAUGUAUGCAGAUGAGACGUAUUACAUUUUUCGUUUUCGUAAAUAGCAAAACCCGUACUAGAGGCUCAGGAAGGUACAUAAUAACGAUGCUGGGGGUCGCUCUAUAUGACGAAAAACUCAGUUUCGAGCACUGCAGCGCGAGCCACGACUCUGUUGCAUUGUAUUAAACGUGACGAUUGCACGACAUCUCUCGAUCGUUCGGUUUUCGUCAUUGUAGAGGUGUAGAGUAACCCGUAUUAUUGUUCUUUGCCCACUUAAAAUAGGAACAAUAUUUUGUCUCUGGUCUCCUAACGGAAAAUAUCGGUUAAAACUAUUUAUUUCGUUAUUUUUAAGUUUUCGAUAUUUUUAUCUUGUUCUUGUUACUUUUCUUUGGAAUCUUUAUUGAAUAUAGAUGUAGUUACGUGAAAUUCUCAAGUAUGUUAAAAAGGCGGGAACCGAAAAGCGGUAAUAUUACUAAAAUACUAAGUAUCAUAAAAUAUUAUAGGUAAAUAUAGUAGUCAACCUAUUUUAAUAAAAAUAUCGGCGAAUAUUAGGUACUUUUCUAGUGUAAAAUUCCAUUUUUUGUAAACCGGUUAUCUUUGAAAAUCAUACCGUUACGAAACGGUAUUCUUUAAAACUAUACCGAUAUAUUCCGGUUUCGUUUCCCGUUGCUAAAGUGACGUUGUUAUUAUUCUGGUACUCAACUAUUCCACGUGUUUCCUGAUUGUAAUUUAACGAAACAUACGCUUCUGAAGUGUUAUAUUACAUAAUGUAAAUAUAGGACAAACUAUUAUUAUUAAAUAGUGAAUGUUGUAAUUUGUAUAUAAGUAAACAAAAAAUAAAUUUUAAAUACAUAGAUA